AUCGUCAUAGCAACCGAUUGUUUUUCUUUUGCAAUUGACAAGCUAUACGCAAAUUACAUUAACAACGAAACGAAUACUUUGAUCGAUGAGCCUCUCUCUUUUUUUUUUUUUCGGCCAAUCAACCGUAGUCAAUCUCGCUUUAGGUAAUGUAACAUGAAUUUUAACCUUAUCCUGCAGCAGUAAAUAGUGAACACGCACACAAGUCCAACUAUGUACGUUCACUUUGGUCAAUGAAUAUGUUUACUAUUAUCAGUUGAAAGUUUGUUUAUUGGAAAAACAUUGUCAAUAUGUCGAAACGCUGGGGUCGAGACUAUGUGGUUACCGAACAUCGAGAUGUACAGGCCAAUACUAUGGCUGUUGAUGUUACAGGUAACCAUGUACUCUUGGCUGGACGAAGAUAUUUGGCAAUAAAACAUCUAGAUGAGGAGUCAGAAUCUUUGAGAAAAUUCCAUAGGCAAAGUAAAUAUGAAGUAGGUUCAGCUGAAUGGAAUCCUAAUUUGGCAAAUUGUCAUUUGUGUGCAAUAUCUAGUAAUAAUAGAGUAGAAAUUCUAAGUUUUAUGGGAAAUAAUGGCUAUGACUUGCAACCCACCCACAGCUUACGUGCACAUACUAGAGUUGUAAGUGAUUUAAAUUGGCAUCCAAAAGAUCCAGAUAUUUUAGCAACAUGCAGUAUAGAUACGUAUAUUCAUAUCUGGGAUAUAAGAGAUCAGAGAAAACCAAGUUUGUCGUUGUCAGCAGUUGCUGGAGCUUCUCAAGUGAGAUGGAGUGGUUCAUCACCAAAUAUGUUGGCAACCUCACAUGAUGGCGAUGUUAAAGUGUGGGAUCAACGAAAAGGAAAUAGCCCUGUGCAAUAUAUAGCUGCGCAUUUGACAAAAAUACAUGGAUUAGACUGGUGUCCAUUUCAACAGAAUCAGUUAGCUACAUCUAGCCAAGAUUGUACUGUUAAAAUUUUUGACACCAAUAAUCCACGAAGAGCCGAAAAUAUUUUGACAACUAAUUCUCCAGUGUGGAGAGCACGCUAUACACCUUUUGGCGAGGGUUUGGUUACUAUUGUUGUACCUCAGUUGAGAAGAGGAGAAAAUAGCUUAUUGUUAUGGAAUACCUCCAAUUUAUCAACACCUGUUUAUACAUUUGUGGGGCAUACUGAUGUUGUUUUAGAAUUUCAGUGGAGACAACCAAGAACAGAAAAAAAUGAUUUUGAGCUUAUUACAUGGUCAAAAGAUCAAUGUUUAAGGAUAUUCAAGAUUCCUCCUCUGUUUAAAAAGUUAUGUGGAUAUGAAAUAGAUGACGGCAAUUGCGUAUAUUCUAAGUAUUCUGGAGACGAUAAUUUAAAAACAUUACAGUCAGUCCAGGAGUUGCAGCUUCAUGAAUCAAACAAUGAAAGCGACAUAAAUUAUUCAACAAGUAUGGAUAACUUGAAAUUAAAUUAUGAAGGCGACGUUUCUAAACUGGAAAAGGAAACUUCUUCACCGACUCAGCCUAAAACUUUACAGCAAGAAUUUUCUUUAAUCAAUAUGAAUAUACCAAACAUAGAGGUAAAUGCUAUGGAUGCCGCUGAAAGAAGCUGUACAGUAACUGCCUCAAAUAAAAACUACAAUGUAGUUUUAAAAGUCAAUUUCCCAGGAAAUUAUCCAUAUAGUGCUCAGCCUACUUUUCAAUUUUGCCCAGGAACUACUGUUGAUAACGUAAUCAUGACCAAGCUUUUAAAAGUAUUGAAACAAACUGCGCAACAAAGAGUAAGGAAAAAUCGUUCUUGCUUAGAACCUUGCUUAAGACAGCUGAUUGCUACGUUGGAACAGACUUGCGUCAAAGACGAAACGGAAAAUAACCAUCUUGGUUAUCAUAUUCAACAUACAGAAAAUUUUUUGAAUUCCAACAAGAUUUGUUCUAAUUAUCAAGAUUCUUAUAUACCAUUUCCACGUACAUCAGGAGCCAAAUUUUGCAGUGUAGGCACGCUUGUGUGCUUUGGUCGUUCAUCUUAUGUCAGACGAGCUUCCAUCAAACCCGAAGGUACAACUCCUCGUGCUCUUUCGGCACUAGCGUCUAGUGUAAACAAUGGAGGGCAUUUUAUGCAAAUUUAUUCCAAUUCAUACGUCCAACCUGCAGAUAAUAUCUCAAUUAGUUCUUUUUAUUUUCAAGAUCGAGUAACAAGAAGAACUUCUCACGGUCCAAAUCGAGGAUAUGGAAGAACAUGCCACAAAAAUUAUCAUUCUUUAGUUACCAUAUACGAUGCCUCAUCUCUUUUUUUUGUCAAUAAGGAAUUAGCUGAAAAAUACAUAAUUAAUACCACGAAUAUACCCGCAAUGUGCCAUUAUAAUGCAAACGUAGCGGCGAGUUUAGAAAGACCCGAUUUAGUGCAGGCAUGGUGCUUAGCUGCUCUUGUUAUUUCGCAACCCCUUACAAAUUCGCUAAAUCUACAGUCGAAUCAUCAAACGCCAGAUAUAGAUGCGCCUUGGUCUCUACAUCCUUUCGGCCAAAAUCUAAUACAUUCUAUAAUACAGCACUAUGCAAAUCAGUCUGAUGUCCAAAUGGCAGGUAUGCUGAGCUGUGCUUUCAGUUGCAGAUCAGAAAAUUCUGAUAUGCUUCAAAAUCGCUUUGUCAGUAAAUCUGUGAAUGUCAGUAAGCUUUUCAUUGGAAAGUGGUGGUUAAAGCCCGGCGGGUCACCCUAUCAUACUAUUCAUCCUGCAGACACAACUUUAGAAGGCUGGAAUUUUCCAAAUUUGAAACAGAAUAGAUCAAAUUCCUGGUCUGAAUCAUUAGAUGGUUUUCAAGUUCAAGAAUCGAUUAAUGAAUACGGACGUCACGUAAGACUGCUUGACGAGAAAAACACAGCACUUUAUGAUACGUACAAAAAAGCCUAUGCCGAAGUAUUGCAUAGGUGGAGACUUUUAGAUGCUCGCGCACAAGUACUGAAACAUGUCAAUUCAACAUCGUUUGAUAAUCAUAAAAGUAUAGAGUUUCAAAGCGAAUGUCAUGCCUGUAACAAAUCGAGUAAAGGCCCACAGUGCUCAACUUGCAAACGUUUAACAUUUCAGUGCGCUGUUUGUCAUAUUUCCGUUAGAGGUCCUAGUAAUUUUUGCAUGGUAUGUGGACAUGGUGGACACACAUAUCAUUUAGCAGCAUGGUUUACAAAUGAGACUGUUUGCCCAACUGGCUGUGGUUGCUGUUGCCUUCAAGAAAAUAUGGCACUAUUGAAAAUGUGGUAUAUCCAAGUACUUAGCUUGAGCUGGAGUCAAUUUCGUUAAUUUAACGCCCAAGUGAUCAAGAUGAAGAGCAGCUACUUCCUCGUCCAACUAUAUUACAG